AUGUUUGCUUUUUACAGAAUUUAUGCAAAAGAGUCUAAACAUCAUUUGGCUGCCACUAUUCCUUGGUCUACUGUUUCACGUUGUCUGCAUCUUUCAUUCUUAUUCAGAGCUUUGGGACAGUGUGCACUCAGGGUGAAUAACACUGUUACACUAUUGCUAAGAAGCGGAAAACCCGUUUGUCCUCACUGUUCAAGGAGAAUAUCAGGUUGGCGGAAAAGUCGUUUUCGUCCUUCCUUUUGUCAGCGUUGGACAGGUAUAACGAUCGGGUCAUUUUCGUCCUUGCAUUUCUCAGUCUUGGAUAACGAUCGGGCUGCGAUUCAGUGGCUUACAAACAAUUUCAGUUCUGUCCAGGCGAAAGAAGAGAGAGGAGAAGAUCUAUUGCAAGAGGAAAGGAGGAGAUCUAUCGGGUCUGCAAAGAGGGAUAGAAGAGAGGAAAGGAGAAGAUCUAUUGGGUCUGGGAUCGAAAAAAGCGAAAAAAGAGAGUGGAAAGAAAAAACCGGUUGCAAAGAAUUUUAUCAUCAGAUACUUCCCAAGGCUUUAGCACAUUUCUUUCAAUCGAAGUUUCUGGUCAUAACUUGGUCAGGGCUUAGGCUGUGGAGAGUGAGGGAGAUAGCUCCUUUAAGAGAUUUUAUGCAAAAGAAUCUUAGCAUCGUUUUGCUGCUGCUGUUCCUUUGUCUAUCGAUCAGUGUUAUCUUGCUUUUUUAUUGUUAUUCAGAAUUUAGGAACAGUUUGCAGGCAGAUUCUUCAGUUGUCUUGCAUUGAGGUCUGCUGUAGGAAAACUGAGGCAACGAUUAGGGAUUCCGCAGACAUUGAAUCGACAUCACUGUUGACUGCAGG